UCCAUAUUCAUUGUUUAUCUUUCCACUCAUAUAAAAAAUUCCCUCUUCAUCUGUUCUUCUAUAUAAUACAAUCCUCGAGUUUCAUAGUUUCAUAACUAAAAGUUUAAGAUAUCAGUGUGCUGUUUCAUCGAAUUAUAUUAUCAAUGGCAGCACCAAUAGUAGAUGCAGAGUAUCUGAAGGAAAUAGACAAGGCACGAAGAGAUCUUCGAGCUCUCAUCUCCAGCAAAAACUGUGCUCCUAUUAUGCUUCGUUUAGCGUGGCAUGAUGCAGGAACCUAUGAUGCUACAACAAGGACUGGAGGACCUGAUGGAUCAAUCAGGAAUGAGGUCGAGUACAAGCAUGGCGCUAACAGCGGCCUCAAAAUCGCAAUUGAUCUUUGCGAAGAAAUUAAGGCCAGACAUCCUAAAAUUACAUACGCUGACCUCUAUCAGCUUGCUGGAGUUGUUGCUGUUGAGGUAACUGGAGGUCCUACCAUUGAUUUUGUCCCUGGUAGAAAGGAUUCAUUAAGCUCACCAGAAGAGGGGCGCCUUCCUGAUGCCAAACAAGGUCCACCACACCUGAGGGGUGUCUUUUACAGAAUGGGACUCUCUGACAAAGAUAUAGUGGCAUUGUCUGGAGGACACACACUGGGAAGAGCACAUCCAGAGAGAUCUGGCUUUGAGGGCCCUUGGACUAAAGAGCCUUUGAAAUUUGACAACUCAUACUUUGUGGAGCUCCUCAAGGAGGAUUCAGAAGAUCUCUUGAAGCUUCCCACGGAUAAAGCUUUGGUUGAAGAUCCACAAUUCCGCCCUUAUGUGGAGCUUUAUGCAAAGGACGAAGAGGCUUUCUUCAGAGACUAUGCAGAGUCACACAAGAAGCUUUCAGAGCUUGGAUUCACACCACCUUCAUCUUGCUUCAAGUUAACAGUAAAGAACAGCACGGUGUUGGCACAAGGUGCCGUUGGAGUUGCUGUUGCAGCAGCUGUUGUAAUAUUGAGUUACUUUUAUGAAGUCAACAGGAGAAUCAAGCAUUAGUAAGCACACAAGUUCCAUAAAGCUCAAUAUUACAUUGGCGAACUCAGUUGAAGCAAACUGGAAACUGAAUAGCUCCAUAAUUCAAUGGCAUCAAAAUUGGCGAUUGUUAUUGGCACCGCUAAGAAUGAUGCUACUAUUUCUUUAUGUUUGAUCAAUAAAUCUUGGGAGUGCUGAUUGUAGCUACUCAAGUGUAAAAUAACAUGCCUUUGGUGGCUUUGAAAUAUCAUAGAUCUAC